AUGUUUUCACAGAACCAGUGUCGUCGCUGUGACCUUAGCACAGCCCUUUUCCUCCUCUCGCUCGUUCUGCUCUCCGCCCACGCGGCGCUGGCCUUCCGCUUCUCCUCAGGGCUCCGCGCGGGCGAUCUGCGCGGGAUAGUGCGCGGAUGGACGCACUGCGGGCACUGGACCUGUAAGAAGCACACGCAAGGCGGCGGCAAAGGCGGAAACGGAAAGGGCGGGAACGGGAAGGGUGACCCAGUGACUGGGGGCGGAGGGACGAGUGGCGGUGGAAUGGGCGGGGGUGGAAUAGGCGGAGGCGGAACUGGAGGCGGCGGAAUCAUGGGCGGCGGCGAAUUAGGUGACGGAGAAAAGAGCGGCGGCAGCAUGGGCGGUGGCGGAACGGGUGGCGGCGGCGGAAUAAGUGGCGGCGGAAUAAGUGGCGGGGGAAUGGGUGGCAGUGGAAUGGGUGGCAGUGGAAUGGGCGGCAGUGGAAUGGGCGGGGGCGGAGUGGGCGGCGGCGGAACUGGUGGUGGCGGAAUGGGCGGCAGCGGAACCGGAGGUGGAAUGGGGGGCAGUGUGGGUGGACCUGGGUCAUCUGCUCCCGGAUCAGAGGCAGCCAUGGGCCCUGGAGGGGGCAUGAAUGAUGGCAUGGGUGGCGGAGGAAGAAGCGGAGGUGGUGGAAUAGGCGGUGGUGGAAUGGGCGGCGGCGGAGUGGGCGGCGGCAAAAUGGAUGGCGGCAGAAUGGAUGGCGGCAAAAUGGAUGGCGGCAAAAUGGAUGGCGGCAAAAUGGAUGGCGGUGAAAUGGACGGCAGCAGAAUGGGCGGUGGCAGAAUUGAUGAGGGCAGAAUGGGCGUAGGCGGAAAGGGUGGCGAUGGAAUGGGCGGUGGCGGUGGUGGCAAUGAUGGGGGUGGAAUGGGUGACGGCGGAAUGGGUGACGGUGGAAUGAUUGGCAACGAGAUGGAUGGCAGAGUAACCAGAGGUGGAAUGGGGCACGGUGCGGACAGACCAGGGUCAUCUGCUCCCGGAUCAGAAGCAGCCAUGGGCCCUGGAGGGGGCAUGGAUGAUGGCAUGGGCGGUGGGGGAAGAAAAGGUGGUGGAGGAAGGGAUGGCGAUGGAAUGGGUGGAGGAGGAAUGAGUGGGGCCGGAAUGGGCAGUGGGGGAAUGGGCGGCGGUGGACUGCCAGUGGAUGGCGGUGAAACGAGCAGCGGCAGAAUGGGUGGCGGCAGAAUGGGCAGCGGCAGAAUGGAGGGCGGCGGAAUGGGUGGUGGUGGCAUGGGAGGGGGCAUGGACGGACCUGUGUCAUCUGCUCCCGGAUCAGAGGCAGCCAUGGGUCCUGGAGGGGGCAUGGAUGAUGGCAUGAGCGGCGGAGGAAGAAGGGGCGGGGGCGGAAUGGGAGGUGGCAUAAUGGGCGGCAGCAGAAUGGAUGGCAGUGGAAUGGGCGGCAUCAGAAUGGGCGGUGGUGGAAUGGAUGGGGUUGGAAUGGGCGAAGGCAGAAAGGGUGGCGGUGGUGACUAUGAUGGGGGCAGAAUGGGUGGUGGAGGGAUGGGGGAUGUUGGCAUGGGUGACGGCGGAAUAAGCGGCGGCGGGAUGGGUGGCGGAGGUACCGGCAGAGGUGGAAUGGGGGGCGGCAUGGGUGGACAAGGGUCAUCUGCUCCCGGGUCAGAAGCAGCCAUGGGCCCUGGGAGGGGCAUGGGCGGCGGGGGAAUUGGAGGCGGCGGUAAGGUCGGCGGUGGCAGUGAUGGGGGUGGAAUGGGCGGCAGCGGGAAGGGUAGCGGUGAAAUGGGCGGCACAGGAAUGGGCGAAGGCGGCAUGGGCGAUGGUGGGAUGGGCGACGGAGGAAUGGAUGGCGGUGAAAUGGGCGGCGAUAUCAUGGAUGGUGGCAGAAUGGGCAGAGGAGGAACCGGAGGUGGAAUGGGAGGGGGCAUGGACGGACCUGGUUCAUCUGUUCCCGGAUCACAAGCAGCCAUGGAUCCUGGGGGCAUGGAUGAUGUCACGGGCCAUGGGGGAAGAAGGGGUGGGGGCAUGGCAGGCGGCAGAAUGGAUGGUGGUGAAAUGGGCAGCGGCAGAAUGGGCGGCAGUGGCAAUGAUGGGGACGGAAUGGCCGGUGAAGGAAUGGGGGCCGGUGAAGGAAUGGGGGCCGGUGGAAUGGGCGGCGGCGGAAUGAUGGGAGGUGGUGGCAAUGAUGGGGAUAGAGCAGGCAGUGGUGGAAUGGGCAGCGGAGGAACCGGAAGGGGAAUGGGAGGAGGAGUUGGGUCAUCUGCUCCUGGGUCAGAAGCAGCCAUGGGUCCUGGUGGGGGCAUGGAUGAUGGAGGAAGGGGCGACGACGACAUAGGCAGUAGUGGAAUGGGCGGGGAUGAAAUGGGCGGUGGCAAAAUGGGCAGCGGCAGAAUGGACGGCGGUGGAAUGGGAGGUGGCAAAAUGGAAGGCGGCGAAUUGCGUGGAGGCGGAAUCGGUGGCAGAGUUGGUGGCGGUGGAAUGGGCGGCGAUGGAAUGGGCAGCGGCGAAACGGGUGGUGGGGCAACCGGAGGUGGAAUGGGUGGUGAUGGAACGGGCAGUGGCGGGAUGGCCGGUGACGGAGGAAUGGAUGGCGGUGGAAUGAGUGACAACAGAAUGGGUGCAGGAGGAACGGGCGGCGGAGGAAGGGACGAUGGCGGAAUGGGUGGGGUCGGUAUGGGUGGCGGAGUAACCGGAGGUGGAAUGGGAGGGGGCAUGGGCGGACCUGGAUCACUUGCUCCUGGAUCUGAAGCAGCCAUGGGCCCUGGGAGGGGGAUUGGUGGGGCAGCGGAGGAACCGGAGGUGGAAUGGGAGGGGGCAUGGACAGACCUGGGUCAUCUGCUCCCGGAUCAGAAGCAGCCAUGGGCCCUGGAGGAGGCAUAG